AUGAUUAUCUCCAAUCAAACAGUUACGAACAUCUCAGAGUUCAUAGUGAAUGGUUUUUCAGGCAUCCAGGACCAGCGAUCUCAGAAUAUCCUCUUUGCGUUCUUCCUGAUAACCUACGUUCUAACACUUUUUGGCAACGUGUCAAUAUUAAUCGUAAUUAAGUUCGAUAAAUCUCUCCAUACACCAAUGUACACUCUUAUUGGAGCCUUAGCUUUUUUAGACUUGUGUAUUCCUUCGGUUACAGUACCCAAAAUAUUAACCAAUUUAAUGUUUCGCACCAAAAGUAUUGAAUUCGGAGCCUGCUUCACCCAAAUGGUUUUUUAUCUGGGUGUAGGUUCAACUGAAUCCUUUCUAUUAAUGGUAAUGGCUUAUGACCGUUAUGUGGCUGUAUGUGAUCCACUACAUUACUCAACAAUAAUGAUUUUUGUCUUUAUUACCUACAGAAUUCAGGGCUUUUCUGACGAUGUUCGUAUUAUGGCUGCAGUACUACAGAACGUGAUACCCCCUUUGGUGAACCCGAUUAUCUACUGCCUUAAAACCAGGGACAUCAGGAAAAGCUUUCUGAAAUUUAUUCGAAAGCAGGUUUCUGUAGAAGCACUUUUGACUGGAUUUUAA